GCGGCGGCGGCGGCGGCGGCCAUGAGCAAGAGGAACCAGGUGUCGUACGUGCGGCCCGCCGAGCCCGCCUUCCUCAGCCGCUUCAAGCAGCGGGUCGGGUACCGGGAGGGCCCCACGGUGGACACCAAGAGAGAGCAGCUUCCACUUGCUGAUGACAGUGACAAUGGCAGUGACAAGGAAGAUGAGCAGCCUCAAGUGGUGACACUGAAAAAAGGGGACUUGACUGCAGAAGAAGCAAUGAAAAUUAAACAGCAAAUCAAAGAGGCCUUAAAGUCAAAAGAAUCAGAUGAUGAACCAGAACCCGCUGAUGGAAAAAUUAUGUUCAGGAAACCAGUCAAACGUUCAUCAGAGAAGUGUUUGGACUUCAAUGUAAGUUCAAGUAAGAAGAUGAAAGAAGCAAAUAAAACUAAAAGGGAAGCAACUACUUCUCAGAGUACAGCUAAGCAAGUAAAAAACAGCAGUCUUCUCUCAUUUGAUGAUGAGGAAAAUGAUGAUUAGUGGUUGUAUUUUUUUAUGCUUUACUGCCCAUCUAGAGACUAACACUGAGAGCCUUCAUAGGAAUUGAAGCAUGGUGUGAGUCUUCUCUUACUUUGUUAUAGUCCAACUAGAGAAAUAUUAUAUAAAAUUAGCAUGAGCUAAGUCUAUGCAUUUGGUUGCAACUGUAUGUCAUGUCUUAAUUUUAAGAGAAUUUAACCAUGUAUGUAAAAGCUAUUUGAGGUCACAAAUGAGUAGCAAAUUAUACCUGUAUAUAUUCAGCUUACAAAUUUUCAACCAAUUUUAAAAUGCCCUCCAUUACUAAAAUGUAUUUUGUCUGUAUUGAAUAGCCUUAGUUGACAAUUGUGUGGUUUUUACCUGUUAUAAUUGACAUUCAAAAGAGAGACACUUCAUUGCUGUGAAACAGAGACUGAAGUUUUCUGUCUCACAGCUUGACAAAAGUUAGCACAACCUUCGCAUUUGUGAUUUGCAAGAUUAGCUCUUGCAGAGCCUUGCAAUAAAUUUGCUAAAGGCUAGAGGCUGCAUUUGCAAAAUUCAUGUAGUCUUGAUCCCGUCUUUGGUGAAUGUAGUCUAAGAAACAUCAAAUUCAUUUGAAUUGGUUGUAAUAGCAAGAUAUAGAGAUUUUCAUUCUAGUUGAUGGUAUCAAUUAAUGCAAAAGAAGCCUAAAUCAUUGGAGAGUGUGCAUUUUGGUUUUGACACUGAUGGACUCAGUGGUUUGAUGGUGUUUUGGGGCUUUUUUUUAAAGUGUAUUUGUUCCAGUUAACAACUUACAUGUUCAUAAUUAUUUGGGAUCUCAGCUUGUUUAAAAACUGUAUUUCAUCUUUAAGCUGUGGAAAAGCAUUAAUUAAGUAUUCUUCAAGUAGGGGGGAAGUUGUAAACAGGAAAUUUAAGCCAAGAAACACUAUAGCUAUGUGUGUCUUGGUUUAAGACAGUUUCCAGGGCAGACGCUCCAAAAUGAAUUACUGCCCCUUUUAAUUUUAACUGCUUCCCUUUCACCGAUAAGCAGAGAUGAAAGAACAUAUAAGUGAAAAAAGAAAAGUUUACUAAAAAAUGAAGCAGUAACAGGCAGGAUAAUGGUAAUCGUCACUAGAUACGAAGUGCUGAAUCCCACGGACUGCUUGGGAACAAAGAAAACACGAUGGCAGAGAAGCCCCUCCCCAGAAAUGUUAGCCUCCAUAGAAGACCACAUGGUUCAGGGGACAAAGAUAAGCUGGUGGAGAAGCCCCUUCUCCUAACCAUGUGUUGAUUAGAGAGAAAAAAAACACCACAGCAUCUGAAACUCUGUGAUUAUGAAAGUCCCUCUUCUCCAAAUAACGACCAGCAAGGAACAAGGACAAAACAAAAAGAAACCUGGACUCCAAAUCCAGUCAAAUGCUGCUGAUCCAUUUGCUCCACAUCACCAGACGGGGUCUCUCUCCCAGCAGCAGCAGCAGCUCCAUCAACAGCGGUGGCUGGAACUCAUGGAGGAACUUGGCCUCCUCCUCAGCAGAAGAUGACAGGCAGAUGCCUGGGGCAGCCCAGGCUCCACACCUUCCCACUGCAUCUGAGCAUUGCUGGGGAGCUGGAGUGACUGUAUGGAGCAGGAGCCUGUUCUGUUUUUCCCACUGUGGUGCCAUGGCUGGCUAUCCCAGGUGACAGCAAUGAAAAAGGAAGGAAAAAAGGUCAGAAAAGAAGGUCUGCCCUGGUUCAGACCAAAACCAAAGAGGAGCUUCUGCCUUCCACUGCCUCAGCUUCUCAGUAGCUAGUGGGAACAAAAGAGAGGCCUGUGUGAGUGUUGUCAUAAUUUUAAAGGGAUCCUGGCAUCUUCUGCCUCCAUGAACCUGGGGCAAGACCCUCUGGUUCUGCUUCUGAUCCCCAGGUCUUAAAGAGAAAGUAAAAAUCUUGUCCAGAUGGGGGUAGAGAGUGUCCAUUUCAACAUCUUUUCUGUAACAGGACAGAAAUGACACUGAGAGCUGAUGGGAUUUUAGAGAACAAAGUGGUAGGAAUGUGACUUGUGACUUUGAAAUUAUUUGGGUGUAUGGUGUAUUCUGUAACCAUAUGAAACCAGUUCUGCUGUGUGACAGGACAUUUGAAAUUAUUUGGCCUGUAAAGCUUCAUCAAGGAGCAAAUUUCAAGUUGCUGUGUGAAACAGCUUGUUUUAGUUUAUUCAUCUGGUAGUAAACAAUAAAUUUAAGUUUUAAAUUUUAAGUUUUCUUUGAAGUGGUUCAAAGAUAUUUUAAUGAAAAUUUCAGUACAAGAAUGGGAUUUUUUUCCCUUCUGAUAUUGGAGCCUCCUGUACCUGCCUGUCUGCCUACACACCAGCUUCCUGCAGCAUAACAUCAGAUGCAAGUCUGCACACUGUUUUGCACUGUUUGUGGGAGUACAUGUUACCCUGAUUUUGAAAAUGAAUAGAUCUGUUGUCCUUUCAGAAAAUUGAAACCAGACCUAUAAAUGGGUAUUAAAGUCUUGUUGCACUGGUCUUGUAUUAGAAUUGUGAGAGAGAUGCUGUGUGACAACCUCAUUAUUCCCAUGAGGACAUGCUACAUUUGUAAAUACAUAAUUGGUCUGUAUUCUCUACAUAUAAAAGAAGAAGAAAUUUAAAGAACAAGUACAAAACCAAAGGUUCCCAGGAAUUAGUAUAUCCAUUUAUUUUGCAUUGUUGUUUGAAUCCGUUAAAGAAUAUAUACCAAUACAUACAUACACACCCAUGAGUAAUCUUGUAGCAUUCCAGCAUACAAAGGGAAUAUUUGGACAUAUGUCAACAAUGGAGUAAAUACUCUGACUUACUGAGACUCAUCUGAAAGAAUGAAUUAACCAUUGGCUGCUUCCUUAAACUUUUCUGAUUCUGUUUGUCAGUACAGAAAUACAUUCGCAUACAUUUUUCUUGCACAACCUGGAAGCUCAUAACUUGAGCUGUGAGGCAGUUUAGGAGACCUGGCCAUUGAGAUAAAUGCUUGCCAAGGACCAGAGGGCAUUUGAUUUCACCGUAAAAUUAGAGAAUUUCUCACAAAUACGCAGUUGAUCUGGCCUUUUCAAAAUAAGAUUGAGAUCUUGUUUAGUUAUGGAUAGUAAUUGCAUUUAAACAAAAGUUACCAUUUUUAGUGAAAGACUUGGGAGACUGAAGUCCAGUAAAGGGAGGGUUACCUUAAAGUUUUGAGUGUAGUACUUAUUGAAUGUGGUACUUUUGGUUAAUCAUGCUUCUUACUCCACAACCUCAUGACAGAUGUCUGGAAUGCAAAUAAUUGGAUUGAAUUUACUUGGAAAUAAUAAAAGUUAUGUUGUUGUUUAGGCAACACAGCAGGGGAAAGAAAGUUGGAUAUGGAACCCAGUUUCUUUCCUUUAUUCCAACUGACUUGUAGUGCUCUGACCAGGAGAAGACCUUUGUAUUCAUUGUAUUUUGCUACCAGUUCACCCAACAAUAAUUGAAUAGAUUUAUUAAGAGGUGUGAGUGAUACACAAAAGCAUUUUAAUCAGGUAGUCAUGUGAAAAUUCAGUGUUUUUACCAUGACACACCAGGAAAAUCACACACACAAUCAACUCCCAUGAAACCUGUGGUUAAAGAGAGCAAUUACUUGUUCACUUAGGAAAGAAAUGUGAAACUCUUAAGCAAUCACCUGUCCUAAUGGGCCAUGGGAAAAUAAUAUUCACAACUUUCUUAUAAAGGGGAAGCCAAAAAAACUUAAGUACAUGGAACAUGAGGCUAAGGAACAUGAGAAAAGGACAAUUUUCCUGGGUUUUCUUUUUCUCUUGCUCUUGCUUGCCCCCAUUCCCUGUCCUUUUCCUCUCCUGUAGUGGAGAAUGUAUCUGUCACCUUAAUUUCUUUUGAAGAACCAGGAUUUUUCUCUAAAUGAUAGGAAUCAAGGUGAAUCAUCAAGAAUGCUACAUUCUUGAUAGAUAGAAUAAACAAGAAAAUGUGCGUGUGGGCAGGUGGCCCAGGAGUUCAUACCUUUGCAUUUCUGAAAUAAAAGCAAAUUUGUUGUACUGAAAAAGUUCAUCUCAUUGGCCUAAAGAGGAAGGGAUGAGUCAGAAUUAUAUUCUGAUAGUUUUUUUUUGUCCAGAACUUUUCCUAGAAAUAUCAUUUGGAGGAUCAAAGGCUGUGUUUUGCAGACACUGAGCACAAGAAGCCUGUAUUUAGCGGUUUUAAUUACACAUUUGUAAGUUUCAUCACAGGACUUAAUGUUCUUUUUUACAGUGCUUCAGUAUAUAAUCCUGUUAGGAAGCUGCAGAUUUAAAAUGAAGCAGGAAGCAGCAAUGUCAUCGUUUCAGCUGAUUGUUUCCCUUAUGCUGUAGUGUAUUAACUAAGUAAUGCUUCACUUGGCUAUGCAGAGCCAGCUGCCUUCUCAAGGACAUCAGGCUUGCUUGGAGAUGAGUCAUUACCUUUUGUGCAGCACACGAGGUAUGAUGUGCAGCCUCAGCAAGUGUUUGUCCAUUGAGGUUGGUUAAUAACCUAUAGGCCUAUCCUGUGGCAAGAUGCCAUAAAUCAGUCCUUUGUGCAUUCAGCAAACAGAAAGGCUGGUGUAUCAGUUACCUCUUCACUAUCAUCCCUUUAUUCCCAUUCCUAGAACAAGGUACUAAUUUGCAAAGACAUUUUUCAUGUUGUAGAUCUUCUCUUCUGCCCCACUUCCUUGAGAGCAUUUCACAUGCAGCAGUCACAAAGAUAGCCACUAAAACCAGGAGAGACACACCAUAGGUUAUAUGUGACUGCAGCCUCCUAUAGACUUCCUCAAGAUACUGAGAACCUAUGAAAUCUCAGAGGCAGCCUCCGGGAAGUAACUUCCUCCUGGGGAAAAUGAAUGGGACCAGCUAGGAAAACGACACAAGAUUGAAUUUUACUCUUAUUUACCUCACUGUUAGUGUAUUUUCUGUUGAAGGUAAAGGAACAGCUGGCAAAGCAGUUCUUUCCCUCUUAUCAGAAGUGGCUUUGGUGCCAUUCCAAUCCAUAUGGCAAAGGAUUCCUUUUCCUUGACUCUGGUGGCAGUCCUCAGUGCCAUGCCUGAUUAGUUAAGGCCGUGGGCAAGUGGGAGCUACCUUGUAAGAGGCAGAAGUUAUUAGAGGAAGGUGUUGUCAAACCUCUGUAGGAUAACGGUGAUCACUGCACACUUUUAGUUUUGAUAUCAUGAAAGAGUUGUUCCCUUAGGGAGAGCACACUAACAACGAACUUUAAAAGGGCAGAUUAUAAAACUAUGAGGAAAAUGGUUAACAGCAGGCUGAAGGGCAAAGAGAAGUACUUAAAAACCAUAGAGAUCUGCCUGGAGGCUAUUUAAGAACAUUGUAUUAGAGGCACAGAUGGUUUGUAUACCUCUGAGCAAAAACAGCCUAUGAGGAAGGAUGAAACUCACAGGGUUAUGUGGGAGAAAAGUGUGAGUAUAGAAAGGUUGAAAUGCAUCCCAUAAAGAUGAUGACUGUCUGAAUGACAGACGAGGGAAUGUUAGGAGGAAAGUGGAGGGAGCUGGAAAGUUAGUGUGAAGGAAAAGACUAAUAGCAGCUGCUGACUCUGGACCCCCAGGAUGAAACACCGAAAAUAGUGAGUCUAAUAAAGUCCAGACCACUCUGCCUCUGAAGACUGGGCUACUCCACAUGAGACUUAACCAAAAAAGCAGCAUACUGAGUCAGCUAGCACAAGCCAAAAUCUUAUUAAGGCAAUCUACAUUUUUAAUAUGUUACCAGGCAAAUUUAAGAGUAAAGGAGUAGAUUCAAUCACAGUUACUCUAUGCUAGGACUUUAUUUUGACCUUGUGUUUUAUACAGUUCCAAAAAUGCUUUCAAUCUUCGCUGAAGAUGGUAAGAGAUUAAAAAAAAAAAAAGAAAAAAGAAAAAAGAAACUAAACAGUCCUAAAAACUCUGAUUUUAGUAGGAGAAAAAACCCAAAAACCCUACAUGAAACCCUAGUAAAAGAAAAAACCCAACCUGUUCUCACACAGCUUUGGGCUGAGAGAGACUAUCUGAUAGGGAUGAAGUGAGGUUUGCACAGCAUUUUUACACUGGUGUGUAAUUGGGCAGAUGCGAAAUUUUAUUGCCAUAUAUCAGAACAAGAACACACUGAUUAUAAAUUAGGCAGGGAACAUCUCAAGUAUCACAAACCUGAUGAUGUGUGCAAAAAGAGUCCCUGUGAAAUCAAUGAAAGCUAUUUUCUGGUUUUAAACCAAGGAAAGCAGGGGAAGGUUAGAACAACUUACUUUUGCAAUAAAACCUUCAUGCACACGGUCUCGCUGGAGCUAGAGCCCUGGCAUCUAGGCUGUUUUAUUCUGCCUUGUUAAAUUGAAACAAACAAUUCAGCUGCCCGAGUCCCUUCUUUUCUCCUCUGACAUGCCAACUAUCUUGAGAGAAGAGAUUAAGCAUUGUUCUGAUGAGUGCUGCAGCAGCAGCAGCUUUAUAAUUUAAGGGCUACAUAAAAUUUAUGGAGCACUGAGAAGAGCUUAAAUUAAUUUUGUGGUUUUCAUAAAUUAUUUCAGGUAGAUGAACUUUCUUCCAAAAAGCCAGUGAUGUUUGAGCUGUUUAUCCAAUGGACAGCAACAUCGAAAAUAGGGAUUUUCAAAGGCACCUGUGGGAAUUAUGUAUCUGAGUUUGAUGGGAGUUAGAAGACUUGUUCCUUUGAGCUACUUAGUAUUCCAGUGUAAAAUUUUAAUCAUUCCAAAUUGCUUAAAAUACUUGGUAAAAAUCAAAAUUAGAGGAGGGUUAAAUUUAGAGCAAUUUUGAAAUUUCAUUUAAAUGCUGCAUGUGCUUAUAAAUAGUGGAUGGAUAGCCUGUAAUUCUACUUCAAGUGACAAACCAGUCUGGCACUUGUAGAGUUAAGCCCUUUCUUAAGACAGUGUAUUUUUGGGUUGUUGUUUAGGUCCCAUUCACUGAGGGUCCUUGUUCUGUCUUUUUCACACUGUAUUUGCAAAUUACUCCAGCUGUUAAAGAGUAGGAUCUGCCUGUACAGCAGAAAGAGAAACUAGCUGGUUUCUUAUAGCACAUUUCAAGAUUAUAUAACAGGACAAAUUAUAAUUCCAUACGUUACAGAAAUGAACAGAGACUGAAUUUCCCUUCUGGACAAGUAAGUAAAGAGCUGAUAGGAUGCAAUUCCCAUUUCAUCUUAAUUUUGGGUGUUACUGGGUGUGAUUUGAAAGAGUUUUCCUCUCCCUGGGCAUUAUGGUCAUCAAGAUACAGGUAGGUUGGAGACCUUUCAUCUAACUGGGACCCCUUUGAGCUAUAAUUUUCAUGUAUUAUUUUCUGUAUUUUAAGCUGCUCCAACUUCUCUAAACUGACAUCAUUGUACUUCAGAUUAUUUCACACUGAAUAUACUAAACAUGGUAGUAAUCGGAGGAACCACUGCUCAAUUCCUCUAAACUGGAUAGGCAACUUGGAAUAAAUUAUUUACUGAUAUUACUGCAUUGCUUUAAGUGAAAUGACACUGAUAGAUACUGAGCUCCUUACUAAACCUGAACAAGGUAGUCUGAGGUGAGUGGGUUUAAAUUCAAAGUAGUUAAAUGUGGGACACUCCAGGAUCUUGCCACUGAAUUUCUACAGCCAACAUUAUACAUAAAUAAUGGGAGCUUCUUACUCAGUGGUCAUUAUUCUGCAGGAGAGGAUUUGUGACUGCUGUGAAUUAAACACUGAACACAGUCCAUGGUGUGAGGAAAGCUAACACAGUUUCAGCUCUAAAAAUUAAUGUGUCAUGAAGAAGAACUGAGAAAUAAUCUUACCCAAUUAUUCUCUGCUUCAGACCUUAGCUGGAGUGAUGUGUUUAUUUUGUGCACUAUAUUUUGAAAAAUAAAGAUACAUUCCAAUUGGAAAUUCCAACAGAAAGUAGUGGUAUUGGUCAGGAGUCUAGAAAACGUGAACUGUAAGACUGAAAGAAGUGGGUAGUGCAACUAGAGAAAGGAGAUGCAGGGAGAGGAAUAGGAAUGUGAUACCAGUGUUCAGACAUAUAAAGCUUGCUGAAAAGAGGGAAGUUGCAAAUUGUUCUCUGUGUCCUCUGGGAAUACAAAAAGAAUGAAAGGAUUUAAAUUGUAGCUAAGGAGAUUUAAGGAAGACAUUAGGACAGGCUUUCCAUCUGUAAAAGUAGUGAAAUAUUGAAACAGAUUGCCUGGGGAGGUUGUGGGAUCUUCAUUGCCAGACAUUUUUAAGAACAGGUUAGACAAACUUCUGUCAGGAAUGAUUUGGGUAUAAUUGAUCCUGCCUUAGGGCAGAGGGCCGGACUAGAUGACCUUGCAAGGUCCCUUCCAGCUCUACUUUCAAUGGUUCUCUUAUUAGAUGGCUGAUGUCAUAUUCUUAGGACCUCACCAUUCCUUUCAAAAGCAAAAACAUGCUAUAGUGAUGGCAAGAGUCAGAUUUAAACUGACAGUAUCUGGGAAAAGGUAUCAGCUAAAGGUUGAUAUCCCACCUUUAAUUACUAACAUUUGAAUGUAUGUAAUGCAGAUGGACUUGUUCAACAGCUAAAUACUUGUAGGUUACACUGCUGUGAGAUUUUGUGACCAGACUAUGAUCUUUUUAAUGGCAUGAGAAUUUGUUUCUUGUAAAGUGUAUUAAUCUUAUAUAUUACAACUUCCUUUCUGUCACUUGAGUAAGUAGCAGGCAGUGCUGCUCUGCAUCUCACAAGUUUCAGGUGCGUCACUCUCAUUCCACAUGCCAUGACACAUUUGGCCAGUUGCUAUGUACUCACUCACUCACUCACUCACUCACUCACUCACUCUGAAACUCAUUCCUCUGUUCCAAUUUAUCAUGAUGCUGAUGCUCAGCUUCAUUAUGUGGCUGUGUUAAAAUAAAUGCCACUGCUAAUGUGCUUGCUAUCCUUCUUUCCAUCCUCAGACACUGGAUAUCCCUCCUACUGAUUUCUGCUCACAUGUUCUUUAUUCCUGUUGAUAAAUUUCAUUUUCAUCUCUUUUGCUGCUUUCCCUUCAAGAUGUGCUUGCAUUACAAACUGCAGUUCAGCAGUUUAGCAGUUGGAUUACAUCCAAAUAUUACCAAAUGCCACAUCUUUUAAUAUCAGGCAGAGCAGCUUGAAUUUUCUUCCUUGGAGUGCUGUAAAAGACACACUGAUAUGUUUUCUGUGCAAAUGCCAAAAAGAAAAAGAAAAUGCUUAACAAAAGAUGGAGGGGUGUGAAGCAAGCUGAAAAGUCUGCAUUCCCAGGAUUUUCUAUUUUCCUGAUUUCUGGAUUUAGUUCAUGACCCAGCUGCUGAUCUCUGAAACUAUGGAACCAUGCCAGUUUCUAGCAGCCAAGAAUUUGUUGCUGUCACAUUUGUGACUUGGUAGUACCUUCGUGUUCAGCUAAAUAACCAUAUGUGCUUUUAUCCCCAAAGGCCAUGCCUGGCCAUUGAUGAUCACAGUAUUGCCAAGCCCUUGUAUUCUAAAAAAUUCAUUGUCAAUGCAUGAAGUAGUAUUUAUACGUGUGUCUGUGUAUAUAUAUAUAUAUAGAUAUAUAUGUAUGUAUUUAUAUACUAUAUAUUUGAGUUUGAAUUUGGCCUUUCAGCAUUCAGGACUUUUGAGUUUUUAUCUACAGCUACAUGGAAAAUAAAAACUGAAGUAAAAAUAAAACCAAAA